AUGGCAGGCUCAUCCGAAGACAGGGCCGACAGCCCCAUCUUCACCACUAUUGAAGUCGACGACUACGAUGAACACACUGACAAGAACGACUUCAAACGCCACAUCUCAAACAUAACAACGACUUCUGUAUCUUCGUUUCCUGAUUCGGCUUGGCCUUCUGACUCUGAUGUCUAUCCAACUACGAAACCUCGACCUGCCUACCGUGUGGGAAGUCUUCGCCGCUCACCUCAACCUGAUCGCCUUUCACCAUCCUCAUUGCGACCUCCGAGACACUCGCCUCAUCGCNCCAGAAGCAGAGGCGAAGGUGUUCGCCCUAGAAGUAGAGAAGAUGUUCCUCACCGCGAUGAUCAACAAGAGACAUCUGCUCCCCUGGUCUUGCUGCAUGUCACUGUGUUACCUCCACGCCUGCCUUGGAAUCGCACAGUCCUCGAUGCAACACUGAGUCCAGAGCUCAAAAGGCAGUUUGGAGUAUUGCGAGCAGCAACCUCAGGACUAGUGGCACAAAGAGGCAUCCUCAUCGCGCACCCACGAGAAGAGUUUGAGUUGUUGGAAGAACGUGUGCUUGAGGCUUUGGGUCUGCUUCCUGAACGUAUUGGCCAUGAUGGACAGUAUAGACCUCGCACACCAAGCACUAUAACAGAAGCCGAAACAGAUGACGAAGAGGAGACAGAUGUCCGGCCAUGCGAUACCUGCCAGCGCGUUCAUGUGGGCGAUGCUUGGUCUGUCAGAGUCUAUGCUGCUAAUGGUCUCAUGCGCGCUGGCGCGUGGGCUGCUUGUUGGUCUGAGAUGGAGAGGGUUGAUUGCGAAGUACGACCAUGCAUCUCUGAACAUAUUAGCCGAAGUCUUGAUGAGAUGCAGUUGGCUGAGGACAUCGCCAAUGAACGAGGAAGCUACAUUCCUGCCACUCAGCCGAUACAUGAACGACACGUCACUGAGACAUCCAAGCAACUUGUCCAAGUUGAUCCGAUAACGCCAGUCCAAGAACCAGCAGUGGUGACAACCAACAAGCAACCCCAUCGAGAGACUCAGUCAAAGUCGGCUACUGCUGACAGACCUACCUCUGCCCUUCAGAAUGACCUUCCGCCCAUUUACCAUUCCAAGGAUGUUCCCUUGGGUCUUCUGUUACGCAAUUACCUUUAUCUUGUGUUACGCGAUCGUCGAAACAUCGCCAUUUUCUUCCNNCUUGGCUUGACAUUACUGGCGUCUACCGUCCAUGGCGUGUUUGCUGCGCAAGCAUCUGAUAUAAGCAAUAUCAAUCUGGUAGCAAGUAAUGUUGAAGCAGUCGGCGGGCCUGCAAUUUUACCAGUCGCAUCACCCCGGACUGAUGUGGGCCAUGGAAAAAGACAUCCAAUGUGGACAAAAGGCACAGGAGAGUCACAGGAGGAUGUCAAGUCUCCAGGUUUCUCUCUUGUUGACGAGGAGUUCAAAUCUGACCAACAUACCGAAUCUAUGUCAGAAAGCAUCACUGGAGAUCAAGCACUCCAACCCACGAUUGCUGCAAUUACGAGCGUGGUCACCACAAACCUCGACACCUUGACGAGCCUUACUGUUCCGCAUACCUCAUCUACCUAUUCUCCCAAUCCAGCUUUCCUGCCACACCUCCAAGCACCCAGUCAGUGCAGUACAUACGACCAAUAA